AUGGCACCGCCUCUCCCCAUCCCACUCGCCGUCGCCUCCUCCAAAGACGGCCGCCACAAGCGCAAGCGCGACGACGAAAACGACGUCAACCUCGGCGUACUCAUCCCCCUCAUCAUCAUCCUGAUCCUCGUGGUCGUCCUCUUCUUGGGCUGGCUGGGGCUGCCGUGGCCCAGAAUCAUGGCCUGGUGGAAGCGCAGGCGCCCACCGCCCACCGCCGCCCAGAGCGAGGGCGACCACCACACACACGAGCUGGACGACCGGCCGCCCCCCGACCACGACGAGGCCCUGGUGCCCAGCCACACCGGCGGCCUGAAGCUGUCCGACUCCAAAUCCAAAGAAGGCGCCGGGGCCGGGGCCGGGGCCGUCAAGGAACCCAAGAUCCGCUCCGGCGUCCAGGGCCUCUUCAAGCGCGAGCCGGCGAACCGCCCGCCCGCCCCGCCGCCGCCGCCUGCGGACACGACGCCGAGCGGUGCCCUCACGCCCGACCUGGCCCCCGGCCAGAUGUCGCCCGGCCAGCAGAGCACGCUGAGUGCCGUGCCCGAGAGGUCCGCCUCGCCGUGGGACCCCACGGGGAAUUCUGGCUGA